UCCUUUUCUUUGGAGGUUUUAUCGGGUCUCGCCCCUGCCGGGCUCCGCUUGCUAGAGGACGGUCCUCCUAGAGGGAAGGUUGUAGUCAUGGAGCAGCGAGGGAGGAAGGGGACACCCACCUAGUGAGCCAAGUCGCCCUCACAUCCAUCGCGGUCAUUUUGGCUUCUCUGGUCAGCUCACUCCGUCGGAGGCUCCGGAGCGCCGGGUCGGGCUUGAGGGGACGGACGGGGAGGCGCGAGAGGAGGCGCCGUCCCCGCGGCCCAGGCGGCUCUGAGGCUCGGCGACGCCGCCCGGGGCCCCGCGCCAGGCCCGGGCCAGGGAGCGCCGCGCCCGGCGCCUCGUCUCCCGCCGCUCCCGGCCCCGCGCCGCCCCUGAGGCCGAUGGCGGCGGCCGCGCGGAGGGAGCCGGCUCAGGAGAGUAUGACCUUUGGAGACGUUGCUGUGUACUUCUCCUGGGAGGAGUGGAGGCUCCUUGGUGAAGCUCAGAGGGACUUGUACCACGAUGUGAUGCUGGAGAACUUUGCACUCAUAUCCUCACUGGGUUGCUGGAAUGGAGCAGAAGAUGUGGAGGCUCCCUUUGAACACAGCAUUUCUGUAGGUGUGUCACAGGACAGGACUCCCAAGGCAGGUCUGAGAAAAAGUGAUUAUGCCUGGGCUGAAUGCAAGAAAGGCUUCAGGCCGAAGCACACGCUUGUUCAGGACAAGGGUGUGCACACUGGAAGACAGUGUUUUGUGUGCCAUGAAUGUGGGAAAGCAUUCAGGUACAGAUCCUCAUUUGUUGUUCACCAGAGAGUCCACGCUGGAGGAAGGCUUCAUGUGUGUAGAGAAUGUGGCAAAUCUUUUAGGCGAACCUCAGCCUUUAGUCAGCAUCGAAGAAUUCAUUCUGGAGCAAGGCAGUACAAAUGCAGCAAAUGUGGACAAUCCUUUAACCAAAAAUCUAUCCUUAUUUAUCUCUGGAGAAGUCACUCUGGAGAAAGUUGUUACUUGUGCAGUGAAUGUGUGCAGUCUUUUUGCUGUGGAUCUAUCCUUAUUCAACAACGAACAGUUCACACAGGAGAAAGGCGUUAUAAGUGCACUGAGUGUGGGAUAUCUUUUAGAAGAAAAUGUUACCUCAUUGUACACUGGAGAGUUCACACUGGAGAAAGGUCUUAUGAAUGCAGUGAUUGUGGGAAAUCUUUUACCAAAAGCUUGGUACUCAUUCUCCACCGGAGAGUACAUACAGGAAGGAGGCCUUUUCAAUGCAGUAUAUGUGGGAAGUCAUUUACCAACAGCUCAAGACUAAUUCUACACCAGAGAGUACACACAGGAAAAAGGCCUUAUGAGUGCAGUGAAUGUUGGAAAUCCUUUAGCCGUCUAUCUUACCUCAAUCAACACCAGACAGUGCAUGUUGGAAAAAGGUCUUAUGAAUGUGGUGAAUGUGGGAAAUCUUUUUCAUCUGGUUCCAACCUCAGUGAUCAUCAGAGAGUUCACACAGGAGAAAGGCCUUAUGAAUGCAGUGAAUGUGGGAAAUCUUUUAUCCAAAGAUGUCAUCUUGUUAGACACCAACUAGUUCACACAGGAGAGAGAUCAUAUGAGUGUAGUAAAUGUGGGAAAUGUUUCACCAUUAGGCAGACCCUCCGUUAUCAUGAGAAAGUUCACACAGGAGAAAGACCUUAUAAGUGCAAUGAUUGUGGGAAAUCCUUUAUAGAAAGAUGCCAUCUUGUUAAACACCAACGAGUUCACACAGGAGAAAAGCCUUAUGAAUGCAGUGAAUGUGGGAAAUCUUUUAUCAUAAGAUCCAAUCUUGUUGUACACCAGCGAGUUCACACAGGAGAGAGGCCAUAUGAGUGCAGUGAAUGUGGAAAAUCUUUCAGCCUUAGGAGCACCCUUCGUGAUCAUCAGAGAGUUCACACUGGAGAAAGGCCUUAUGAGUGCAGUGAAUGUGGAAAAUCCUUUAGAGUAAAUUCUCAUCUCAUUCGUCACUGGAGAUUUCACACUGGAGAAAAGCCGUAUAGAUGUAGUGAAUGUGGGAAAUGUUUUAGGUCUAGUGUGAGCCUUCGUUGUCAUGAGAGUAUUCACACCGGUUCAAGACCUUAUGAGUGUAUUGACUGUGGGAAAUCAUAUGCCAUUAGACCGACCCUUACUCGACACCGAAGAAUUCACACAGGAGAAAGACCUUAUAAGUGUGGGGAAUGUGGAAAAUCCUUCCGGCGUAAUUCACAUCUCAGUGAACACCAGAGAGUUCACACUGGAGAAAAGAAUUAUGAGUGCACUGAAUGUGGGAAAUCAUUUAGGGAUCGUUCCCAGCUCAAAAAGCACCAGACAGUUCACACUGGAGAAAGGCCUUUUGAGUGUAGUGUAUGUGGGAAAUCUUAUACCAGUAGCUCGACGCUCGCAAAACACCGGAGAAUUCAUACAGGUGAAAGGCCUUAUAGGUGCAGUGAAUGUGGGAAAUCAUUUAGGGAUCAUUCCCAACUCAAAAAACACCAGCGAGUUCACACUGGAGAGAGGCCUUUUGAGUGUAGUGAAUGUGGGAAAUCUUACAGCAGUAACUGGACGCUUACUCAACAUCAGAAAAUUCACACAGGAAAAGGCCUUAUAAAUACAGUGAAUGUGGGAGAUCUUUCAUGAGUAGUUCACAUUGCAGUAAACAACAGAGAGUUCACACUGGAGAAAGGCCUUAUGAGUGCACUGAAUGUGGGCAAUCAUUUACGGAUAGUUCCCAAUUUAGUAAACACCAGAGAGUCCACACUGGGUAAAGGCUUUAUGAGCAUAGUGAAUGUGGAAAAUGUUUUGUCUUUAGCUUGACAUUCAACACUGGAGCGUUCACACUAGAGUAAGGGUUUAUGAGCGCACCCAGUGUGGGAAAUGUUUAACCCAAAGCUCUGCACUCUGUCAACAUGAGAGACUUGACACUGGAUCAAGUUCUUAUGAGUCAAGCAAAUGUGGAAAAUUCUUUAGCUAAGGGACUGUGUUCGCUUCACAUCGAUUGUUGAUACUGCGUCAAGCCUAAUGAGUGCAGGGAAUGUCGAAAAUGAUUUCCUAAAUCUCCACUCUCAUUCAACACUGGAGAAUUCACGGUGUAGAAAGUCCUUAUGCUGUACCAGAUGUGGUGAAUCAUUUUUAAUUUGGCCUUUUUACUACCUUUUUUGUGCUAUUUCAUUGUUGUUUUAAUUGCAUUUCCCUAAGGAUUCCUGAUGAGCAGUUUUUCAGAUGUUCAUUUACUAUCUGUAUGUUUGUGAUAAAAUGUCCGCUAAUAUCUUUUGCUUAUUCUUUUAUGAACUUUGGCUACUAUCCUUUUCUUUGGCAAAUAGGGCUGUGAAGCAACGAAGGUGUAUGUUGGAAUUUCAUUCUCAAAUACAUGACUGACCUCCUUUUAUAAUGGAAUAAUUAUUUUCAGUACUGGAAGAAUAUAUCCUAAUUUUCUUUAAGAUUUUUUAUGCUGUGCACAAUGUAAUGGGUACAAAUACCGUAUUUUUUUAAUACUAAUUUGCACUGUUAACAUAUUUUCCAUUUGUUUCUUAAUUUCAGACAUUCAAUAAUGCUAUAAAGUCUUACCUUGUAGUGUUUGUUCAUUUUCCUGGUUUAUCAUUGGUGGGUCAGAGCAGAUGGAGGCCCUGAUGGUAUCAGGAUAGAUUGGGUGUUCAAAGCCCCACGGGGAGGGAAUGGGGAGGGCAGUGAUCAGACACCCCCAAGGUGCCGGAGUUUGACUCUCAGGUCUCCAUUCAUCACUGGAGCUUAUAGACAAUGACCCCCUUCUGAGCCUCAGUUUCCUCCUGUAUGAAAUGGGAACUAGAGGUGACCCUGCGCCUGGGCUAUUGGAAGAGGUCAAGAGUCAAGGUGCCCAUUCACUGCGCAGCAGCUGCACCUAUUCUCUCCACCUGUGUGCAGUGACAAUCACGGGGCAGGGCACCCCUUUAUUCCCUCAGGCGGGAGGGGGCUGUGGGGUAGUGAGGUUUGGUGUGGGUUCCCCACCAGGGAAUGUUUGAGUACCUUGCUGGAGCUCCUGGAGGCUCAGUUCACUGACUGUGAGAUGCAGGUGAUGACUGCAUUGACCUUGGCCUCCCUGAGGAUCAAUAAAAGUAACAAACAUGCUGAGUUCUUA